GCUGAUCAGAGGCCUUCAUUCAGUGGGAGUGAUUCUCUGUAAUUAGUCACCUAACUUGUCCUCCACUAAGCCUAGUUCAACGCGCCAUCUCUGCUGCCGUCCUGGCCUUGUAGAGGACUUAGCUGGGAGGAUCAGGUUGUGGGAGGCUCAGAUUUCCGCGUACCGAGAAGCAGGAGUCACGCCCUUAGACGACACAUAUGGGUUCUCUGGAUCUUUCCGGCGGCGCCGCAUGGAUGAGCCGUGUGGCGAGCUUAUCUAUUGGCUCGCGAGCGGCGGGUUUCGCGGGUCUCUGCAUCGCCUCCAAUCAGGACGAGCAGGGCGGUAAGCGCCGUCGACGUGGCGCACGCCGAUUCGCCGGACUGGUGCUGGUGUCGUCAGCUGCUGCCACAGCCACACCCGCUACAGCCACCCCUGCUACAGCUGCCACGGGCGAGAAGAAGAGCUGCUGCGGAGGCAAGAAGGCGAAGAUGGAGGAGAAGAAAAAGAGCUGGCCGCAGAUAAUUCUAGAGGGAGCAGUGGCCGGAGGAACAGCAGGUGUGACGGUGGAGACUGCCUUGUACCCCAUUGACACCAUCAAGACUCGCCUGCAGGUGGCCACCUCGGGAGGCGGCAUCAACUUCAAGGGGCUCUACUCUGGCCUCUCUGGCAACCUCGUUGGCGUGCUGCCGGCGUCGGCCAUAUUCAUUGGCGUGUAUGAGCCGGUCAAGGCCUUUCUGCUGAACGCCUUCCCCGAUAACAUAAGCGUUGCAGCUCACCUGGCGGCAGGAGCUGCGGGAGGCACAGCAGCUUCUCUCGUUCGAGUGCCCACUGAGGUUGUGAAGCAGCGCAUGCAAACGGGGCAGUUCCCUACAGCAGUGAAUGCCGUCAAGACCAUUCUCUCCAAGGAGGGAUUCAGGGGCCUCUAUGCGGGCUACGGCUCCUUCCUCCUGCGAGACCUGCCAUUUGAUGCCAUCCAGUUCGCCAUCUACGAGCAGCUCAAGAUCCAGCUCAAGAAAACGUUGAAGCGGGAUUUGAAGGAUCCAGAAAUGGCAGUGGUGGGGGCAGUCUCAGGUGCCAUCACAGGCGCUGUCACAACUCCUCUGGACGUCAUCAAGACGCGACUCAUGACUCAGGGCACAUCUGGGCAGUAUAAGGGCAUCAUAGACUGCAUUCAGAAGACAGCUGCUCAGGACGGCGCAGGCGCUCUUUUCAAGGGCAUUGGCCCACGGGUCAUGUGGAUUGGCAUUGGAGGGUCUAUCUUCUUCGGAGUGCUUGAGAAGACAAAGCAACUCAUGCACAAGGCAUAUCAUACGCCACCGCCAUCAGAAGCUUAUUUCUGACCAGUAACAGAUGGAUCAGUAGCAGGCUACUUUUCAAAACCAGUCUACCAAUGUUAGGUAUCUUGGUGAUUUGGGAAGUCUGUUGUACUGAUACUUCACCUCUGUAGGUGCUCAAUGCAAGCCUGGUGCUCUUCU